AUGUCAUCGCAGGGUUACCUCCACCGCCUUGGCUUCACCAGGAAGAGAGAAAGGCUCAUCAACCCCAUGGACAGAGCCUCACCACAGCCAUCAUCUUCUGUUCAGAACCAAGCCAUAUCAGAUUCACUUCAACUACCCUUUCUCCCUGAUGAGCUCGUUGUUGAAAUUCUCUCGAGGCUUCCUGUGAAGUCUCUGUUGCAGUUCAGGUGCGUGUGCAAGUCAUGGAUGUCCCUUAUUUCUGAUCCUUACUUCAUGAAAAAACACCUUCACUUGUCAACUCGAAGCACCCACUUCACCCACCACAGGAUCAUAUUGAGUGCCACGACAGCUGAGUUUCACCUUAAAUCAUGUUCUGUGCGUUCCUUGUUCAAUAACCCUUCAACAGUUUGUGAUGACCUUUAUUACCCUGUGAAGAACAAGUUUCGUCACGAUGGGAUUGUUGGCUCUUGUAAUGGGUUGUUAUGUUUUGCUAUAAAGGGUGAUUGUGUGCUUCUUUGGAACCCCUCCACGAGGAUCUCAAAGAAAUCACCACCUUUGGGUAAUAAUUGGAGGCCAGGGUGUUUCACUGCCUUUGGCCUUGGUUACGAUCAUGUCACCGAGGAUUACAAGGUGGUGGCUGUGUUUUGUGACCCUAAUGAGAUUUAUAGCGAGUGUAAAGUGAAGCUGUACAGCAUAGCCUCCAAUUCUUGGAGGAAGAUUCAGGAUUUCCCUCAUGGUUUCUCACCCUACCAAAAUUCAGGGCAGUUUGUUAGUGGCACGCUGAAUUGGGCUGCCAAUCACCCUGUUGGUUCAACUUCUUUGUGGGUUAUUAUUUCCUUGGAUUUGCAUGAGGAAAAAUAUAGGGAAGUUCUGCCACCUGAUUAUGAAAAGGAAGACUGUUCCAUCCCUACUUUGGGUGUUUUGCAGGAAUGUCUGUGCAUGAAUUAUGAUUACAAGAAAACUCAUUUUGUUGUGUGGAUGAUGAAGGAUUACGGGAUGAGAGAGUCUUGGGUUAAAUUGGUAAGCAUUCCUUAUUUGCCAAAUCCUGAAGAUUUUUCUUACUCAGGGCCUUAUUACAUUUCAGAGAAGGGUGAAGUGCUGUUGAUGUUUGAGUUUGACUUGAUCCUAUAUGACCCGAGAGAUAACUCGUUUAAGUACCCUAGGGUUGAGAGUGGGAAGGGCUGGUUUGAUGCAGAAGUUUAUGUUGAAACUCUGGUUUCGCCAAUGAAGCAUUAA